UUAUAGAAAUCAGCUCUCUUCAGUGCGUGUGUAAUAAAUUAAAAGAAAGUUAUAUUAAAUAUCGUGAGUUAGUGAUUGAAACUGCGACCAAAUAAAGUGUCCUAAGGUUUCGAAUAACGAAUAAGUUCUGAUAGCAUCGGCGUCGUGUCAAGUCAACCGUCAACUACGGUCGUUAUUAUAUUUUUACCUACUUAUACAUUUUGUGGCGGCAUGUUAUGUUAGAGGUAAAACACAGUCAUGACGCCGAUGGAAGCAAUGUUUACUUCGAUCACGUGAAGUUGGCGCGGAAAUGCAGCUAAACAAUUUUUCGUUUUAAGUUUGCAUUCAACAUGGAUACGCUUUCUGAUAUGAUGGAGCCCGCCACCCCAGUGCUAUCUUGCGAUGGUGUCAACUAUUGUAGAACUGAAGACAGUGGAUACCAUACAUUUACUCCCGGCUCCAUCGAUUGUUCAGAAUUGUCGUCUGAGAAUAUAGAUCCUGGUAUUGUUCAAGCAUCUAUAUGUGAAGGUAAAGGGAAUCAUCACAGAUUUUAUAACAAUAAUCCUGAACCAUGCUACGAUCUGACCAAUUUCUCAGAUAAUGGUGAAAAUUACCCAGAAAGGUUCAAGAGAAGAGGUGUGAAACGCCCAUAUCCAGGUGAUACAGAACCCAAUGACAGCUUUGGAUCAGUUCCAACUCCAACAAGUAUAAUAGCUGGUCAAAUACAGAAGUUAAAAGUAAAUGAAUCUGGAAACUACAGUGGCAACUAUACAAUCUCACCAAUAAGUUCUGAUUACAAAGACGCCAGUAGUAUCUAUAACUUCAAUGCAUAUUCAUUGUCAUUCCCAUCUACACCUAUAAAGAAAAUAUGCAAAAGCAGCUGCAAGUUAAACAGAAUAAGAUCUAACCACAAAUCCAGUCCAUUGAGGCCAUUAAAUAGUAAUAAUCAGCAACCUAAAAAGUUUGCUAGACAACUUGAUUUUGAAACACACUCAUUGGCCUGUGAGCCGCAGAGUCUGAUAGUAGUCACUAUCCCACCACCAAGUCCUGCUGUUCCAGUACUCUAUAAACCCAAUCAGAAGAUUGAUAUCAUCAAGCUCUUAAGCGACCGAAUCUGCUCAAUACCAGUUAUUGAUACUAUUUUGAGGUUUAUGUCACCAGUAGACAUUUUCAACUUUUCUUUGGUCAGCCCUACAUGGUCUCGGGUUUGCACGGAUUCAUUGGCAGGCAGAGAAAAGUUGAAGACUUAUUUGAGAUUGUCUAAGGAGAACCAAGAGAACAUAAGAAGUAGCCCUAAGAUCAACAUUAUUGACAUCAGAAGAAAACUUAGGGACAUACACAAUAUUGAACAUGUUCAAACUACACCAAGCUCUCCAAGAAGCCCUCCAACUUCUCCUCGGUCCAUGAGAUUCAAAACAUUUGCUCGGUCAGCAUCUUUGGAUGUGUGCAUUCAACUGGCCUGUGUGCGGUGUCAACAGCCAGCUAAAGUGACAAAAGAUCCUUCUGGUGAGAUUUGGGCAGCAUGCACAAGAGCUACUUGCGCAUACCAGUUCUGCAAGCUUUGCUCCUGCGAUCGCCAUCCAGGUAAGAGCUGUAUUCGUUUUGACCUUGAAGGACCCAGCCCAUCGAAAAGGAAAAAGAAAACUUGUGCUGCUGGAUCUAGACAAAGUAAGACCAACCUGCGCCGGCUUCUCAUCAAAUGAGACUAGGUGGUUGAACUAAUUUGAUAAUGUGUGCUACUUAUAGUUGCUAGUGUCUACGAAAAUGUAAGCUGGAUGCGUAGGGGGCCAAUUCGUUUUAGUAUGCAUUGAGAUUAUUUUUUCUAAAAAUUCCCAGUGUUAGGUGUUGUGCCAUUUUUAUACAACUUUUUAUUCGAAUUAUUCUCGUUUUUAAUAUGUUUGGCUAUAGUAGCUAAUAUUAUAUAUCAAAAAGAAAAUUAGCUGUAAAUUUAUGUGCGUAACGUAGAGUAUAAACUUUUGAACAUUCUUUUUAUGAGCCCUACAUUCCAAAAUGACAUUAUAAUGUUAAAUUUCACUUAUAAGGAAAAACUCUGGAAGUUAAACGAUAGACUGAAAUAUUAAUGCCAUGUUAAAGUAAUUUACAAUUUAUAAGUUGGUUUUAAUUUAGAAAUAGUAUUUUGACUCUUAAUGUUGCCUUUAGAAGGAGAUAGUGCCUAUGUUGUGCCUGUUUACGAUAAGCCGAACUAUGUAUGUUCAUGUAAAUGGCAAUUUCCAUUUACUCAUGAUACCAUAAAUUUUGUGCUGAUGGCAAACUUUGGUACUAUAAUUUUUAACAUAAAAUUGGAAACAGUGUAUGAUUUUAUUGAAUAUUGAACAUUGCACUUAGUGAUUUUAUUUUAUGAUCUUGACAUUAUUUCGAAUUUGUUUACUAGUUUUAGUAAAAUCAAACAUUUUGAGCAUACAAUUCACUUUUAUACCGAAAUCGUGAACUUGAAAAGCUUAAUGGAGUUGUUGUCGAACAUGAAUGUUUGAGAAAAUUGAAUUAACUACCUACACCACAACAUUCAGAAGUUAUUCUGCAAAAUUUUAAUGGUUGUUCAUCAAUUAUAUAGGUACCUAUGUUCUAAUAUCAGCAUCCAGUCUGUUUAAAUAGUGCCAUAUCUUUGCGGUGUAAUGUUCGAGUAGGUACUUAUCUAACUCUUACUUAUUUUAGUAAAUAAUUUUGGUGAUCUCCGUGUAAUAGUUAAUUCAUCCCAGUGAUCUAUAUAUUAACCACCCUUUAUAUUAACUUUUUGAGUAUCAGGUGCACAACUUAAGAAAAUAACAAUGUAAGGAGGAUGUAUUUACUCAUAAAAACAAGACUGUUCAUAUUACAUCACUACUUUUAACUUUCACUCGAAUUACAUGGACAAUAUGGCAUUUUUAGGUGAUAGGUUACAUUUUAAUUAUUUUUAAUUUGGUUUUAUAGCCUUUUAUCACAUUGAUUAUUUGAAUACUUAACAUUAAUAGGAUUGUCACACAAAAUCCUAAUUACAAUCAAAUAAGUAUCUAGUCCUUUAACAUUAUUAAAAUAGUGGUUUCUAAUUUGUUCGUAAUAUUUAAAUAAAUAGUAUUACAUCAAAAGUCAACUUGUGUGCUGGUAAUACUUGAUUUUAGUAAUAACAAUGUUCUGAGGCCAUGCUUUUAAUUACCUAAAGUUAGUUAUCAGAUUUAAAUUUAAUUAUUUAGAUACUUUUAUAAUUAAAUUUGAAAAGACCCAAAAAAUCUUGAGGGCCGAUUUUUGAAUUGUGAGCGCACGAUUUCGUCAUUCGAAAAUCUGUGGAAAACGACGAAUUUAUAUUUUUGAAAUACGAGCAAUAGAAAUUGGGAAACUAGUGCUAUUAAUGUACUGACCAUUCGUUUUCAAUUCUAUUAGUAGAAUUUAAAUACCUAGUAGUGGAGAUAUUAUUGACGGUAGCCAAACGAAAUCAAGCGCUCGAAAUUCAAAAUCAUCGUGUCAGGUCUUUCAUUUUAGGUACUUAAAAUAUUUACCAAGUUUUACACCAACCAAUUUUACGAGUUACUUGAUUUCUCUAGUAAGUGCGUAACUAAAAGUUUUAUUUUGCAUUUUAACUAUGAUUCUAUUAUUAAAUUCAAGUACUAUUGCAUAACCUUUUUCCAUAAUUAUACGUAAUGGUAUUGACUGGUACAUACCUCAUUUUUAAUUAGAAUUGUAUUUUAUUUAGGAUAGCAUUCAGUAAUUAGUUAUCGCUACUAAGUUACGUAUUUAAUGCUCUUAAUUUUAUCGUCACAAAACAUCGAAUUACUCAAUGUCAUAGUGUAGAAUUAUCAAUUUUGGUUAUGCAGACAUAAUUAUGGGCAUGAUUGUGUUUUGACACAUUUUAAAUAAUUUUAAAGACUCAUUUGAUUUUAAUGUAAAUACAUAAUAAUUAUAAUUCGGGACGCUUCGAAAGCUCUCUAUUUCUGUGAAUUGAAGUUUUAAAGAUAAAUAAAAAGUUGAUAAAAUA